AUGUCAACUACGACAGAAAAUGGGACAGGAGGGUCUUGGAACAGCAGCAGAGAGAAAACGUACAAGAAGACUACAUCAUCAGCCCUGAAAGGGGCAAUUCAGCUGGGUAUCGGCUACACCGUGGGCAACUUGACCUCCAAGCCUGACAGAGAUGUCCUCAUGCAAGACUUCUAUGUAGUGGAGAGUGUUUUCCUGCCCAGCGAAGGGAGCAACUUGACACCAGCACAUCACUACCCAGACUUCCGCUUCAAAACCUACGCCCCGCUGGCUUUUCGCUACUUCAGGGACCUGUUUGGGAUCAAACCAGAUGACUACCUGUACUCCUUGGUUAAUGAGCCUCUGAUCGAGCUGUCCAACCCCGGGGCCAGCGGCUCGCUCUUCUAUCUCACCAGCGAUGACGAGUUCAUCAUCAAAACCGUCCAGCACAAAGAGGCCAAAUUCCUCCAGAGACUACUACCCGGUUACUACAUGAACCUGAACCAGAACCCACGAACACUGCUGCCCAAGUUCUAUGGUCUGUACUGUAUCCAGUCUGGAGGCAUCAACAUCCGGCUGGUGGUGAUGAACAAUGUGCUGCCACGUUCCGUCAAAAUGCACUACAAAUACGACCUUAAGGGAUCUACCUACAAGAGACGAGCAUCCAGGAAAGAAAGAGAGAAGGCCUGUCCUACCUACAAAGAUCUGGACUUCCAGGACUUGCAUGAGGGGCUGUAUUUUGAUGCGGAGACUUAUAACAACUUGAUGAAGACCUUGCAGAGGGAUUGCCGGGUUUUGGAGAGCUUCAAGAUUAUGGACUACAGUCUGCUUCUGGGGGUUCAUGUGCUGGACCACAGCCAGAGAGAAGGGGGGGAGGCAGGCCAAGCGGGCGGUGAUGGGCGGAGGCCCGUGGCGCAGAGGGUCCUUUAUUCCACGGCCAUGGAGUCCAUCCAGGGAGACGGCAAGGCUGCCGAGGCCCUCACUACAGACGACACGAUGGGUGGAAUUCCUGCCAAGACACACAAAGAUGAGAAGCUGCUCAUCUUCCUGGGAAUUAUAGACAUUCUCCAGUCAUACAGGUUCAUUAAGAAGCUGGAGCACUCGUGGAAAGCCUUGGUUUACGACGGUGACUCCGUCUCGGUGCACCGGCCGGGGUUCUACGCCAACCGCUUCCUCAAGUUCAUGAGCACGCGGGUGUUCAGGAAGACGCAGACAGUUCGAUUCUCCCCUUCAAAGAGGACACGCACGUCGGCCCCGGCACUGAAGUGCUCCUCUCAGGAGAUCCUUUCCUCACAGGCAGAUGAGAGGAAUGAGAGGAGGGAGAGGCUGGGGGGGGCACGCAGCCUGGCCAGCCUCGAUGGACAAGUGUAUGGGUCCUACCUACGUCCUGACCUGGUACCUGCCACACCAUCCUUUUAUGAUGGCUCCUCCAUGGGGACCAUCUCCACCUCCUCCAUCUUUGUCAACCUGGAUAAUCAGACAGAGAACCGAGAUGACUUGGUGUCGAGCUCCACCUUCACUUUGGAGGACAGUGCCAUCUGUCUGACCUCAGAGCAGAGCACCAUGGACGUGGACAUAGACCGCGAUGAUGGAUCAGUUCUUGAUGUCUACCUGAGCCAUGGUCAAGUUAUUGUUAGUGACCAUGCUUUGCACUACUUCCUCGCUGUGUCCCAGUGCUGCUACCUUCAUGAUGCUGGCUGA